ACAGCAGCCGCAGGGCGCUGCGAAGAGAGGCGCGCUUGCCAGGGGCGGGGCUGCGUCGGGGGCGGAGCCAGGAUGGGCCCGCCUCUCCGAAUCCCGGACCGGCGAGUUCCGGGCCGCGGCCUGUCUUACCCUACUCGGUACUACAGUUCGGACCGCCCAGGGGCGCGCUGCCGGAAGCUGCCGGCCGGCGGGUGGCGUGAAAAGCUAUGGCUACCGCUGCGAUGCUGUGUGCUGCGCGAGCUCUGCGGCCGCGGAGCUGGAUCCCUGGAAUCUGCCAGAUACAGACCAGACACACCCACCAAAGAGCUUCCUUGCUGUCCUUCUGGGAACUCAUCCCCAUGAGAGCAGAACCACUACGGAAGAAGAAGAAGGUAGACCCUAAAAAGGACCAAGCAGCAAAGGAUCGCUUGAAAAGGAGGAUUCGAAAACUGGAAAAAGCCACCCAAGAACUAAUUCCCAUUGAAGAUUUUAUCACCCCUGUGAGAUUCUUGGAUAAAUCAAGACAGCGACUUCAGGAGAAGCAUUCUUCCGAGGAGAGUGAGCAGAGAGCUCUCCUGCUGAAGAGGUGGGCACUGUACAAGAAGCAGGAGCAUGAGGCAGAGAGGGAUACCAUCCGAGCCAUGCUGGAAGCCCAGCAGGAAGCACUUCAGGAACUGAAGCUUGAGUCUCCAGAGCUCUAUGCCGAGGCCAUGAAGCGGGACUGCAGCCUAUUUCCCUUUGAGAAAGAAGGGCCACAUCACACACCACCAAUCUCUAACUACCAGGCCCCUGAAGGCAGGUACAAUGACAUCACCAAGGUGUACACACAAAUAGAAUUCAAAAAAUAAAACUGAAAACUGCUAUCUUCAGAAGAUGCUGGCCCCGGGAGUCAGAGUGACCAAGCUGAAGUCUAUUUUCCACAGAUGAUACAGCCUGAUACCAAAUAAAAUGUAAUCAAAGGCA